GCGCGGCGGGCUGUGGCGGCGAGGCGGCAGCCGAGAAGAUGGCGGACGGCGACAGCGGCAGUGAGCGCGGCGGCGGCGGGCCCGGCGGCUUCCAGCCCGCGUCCCGCGGCGGUGGCGAGCAGGAGACGCAGGAGCUGGCCUCGAAGCGGCUAGACAUCCAGAACAAGCGCUUCUACCUAGACGUGAAGCAGAACGCCAAGGGCCGCUUCCUCAAGAUCGCCGAGGUGGGCGCCGGCGGUUCCAAGAGCCGCCUCACGCUGUCCAUGGCAGUAGCCGCCGAGUUCCGCGACUCGCUGGGCGACUUCAUCGAGCACUACGCGCAGCUGGGCCCCAGCAGCCCCGAGCAGCUGGCGGCGGGCGCAGAGGAGGGCGGCGGGCCGCGGCGCGCGCUUAAGAGCGAGUUUCUGGUGCGCGAGAACCGCAAGUACUACCUGGACCUUAAGGAAAACCAGCGCGGCCGCUUCCUGCGCAUCCGCCAGACGGUCAACCGCGGCGGCGGCGGCUUUGGCGCGGGUCCCGGGCCCGGCGGCCUGCAGAGCGGCCAGACCAUCGCGUUACCCGCGCAGGGCCUCAUCGAGUUCCGCGACGCUCUGGCCAAGCUCAUCGACGACUAUGGAGGCGAGGACGACGAGCUGGCCGGCGGCCCGGGAGGCGGCGCCGGGGGUCCCGGGGGCGGCCUGUACGGGGAGCUCCCGGAGGGCACCUCUAUCACAGUAGACUCCAAGCGCUUCUUCUUCGACGUGGGCUGCAACAAAUACGGGGUGUUCCUGCGAGUGAGCGAGGUGAAGCCGUCCUACCGCAAUGCCAUCACCGUGCCCUUCAAAGCCUGGGGCAAGUUCGGAGGCGCCUUUUGCCGGUAUGCGGAUGAGAUGAAAGAAAUACAGGAGCGGCAGAGGGAUAAGCUUUAUGAGCGUCGUGGUGGGGGCAGCGGCGGCGGCGAAGAGUCCGAGGGUGAAGAGGUGGACGAGGAUUGAAAUGGGCAGCUUCCCCUACCGGCCUCCCCCACCCCAUCAUCAACCAUACCUUGGCUGGAGAGUUCCCCUUCUUGCUCAUCCCCAGUGAGCUAGUGGAGAGGGAGCAAGGGAGGCCCCAGAGGGAGAAAACAAACAAAAGAUAAUAUAGUUAAGAGAAAUAACCAUAAGAGAACAGUCACGGACAAUUAGAGAAAAGCAGUAAAGUUCCAAGGAACUGACAGCAACCUGCAAAGAGAGGACAACAGCAUCUCCUCACCUGUGCAAAAUAGCCUCAGCUUCUGUUGUUUCCCAACUGAGUUUCCAAAUCCCAUCGGGAUAACCCUGGAGGGAUAAAUCUUCGCACAUCUGGGCCAAGAAACACAUCUGGGUUACCCAGAUCCAUUGAUAACUGUUGGAUUUGUGUUUUACCUGGGUAAUCUGGUCCAAAAGAUCUCUCCCGGCCUCACUGUUGCAGUCUCUAUCCCUUCACCUCCAUUGAAAUCCACAUUUUGAAUCUAAGUCUUCGUGGAAUCUUUGAGAAGACAGAGGCCUUUGCAGUUGCCGAAUUCUGAGGGUACAGGUUCAUGGAAAGGAAUACAACUUCAAUCAUGGACGGGGCAAAAAUGGUAAUUCAAGAGGCCAUUGGAGAAUACAGAAACAAAUUGGAUCCAUUUUUUUAAAAAUGGUUUUGCUUGGAAGCUGGACCUAGGCCCAUGUCUUUUCUUUGCAGAAUUGUUUUCCAGGAUGCAAAUGGAUUCAGAUAUCAAUGCUUGAACUAGAAUUCAUUACUAAAAUAGUUUUAAAGUUGGCAAACAUUUUUCAAAGAUAAAAGCAGUUUUACAUUGGGGAUUGCUGAGGUAGGCACAAGACAAAGUUGGGCAUAAAGCACAAGGCAAACUGUUUGAGUGGAUUGGUUGCUGCUCACUAAAGUUCUUCCCCUGAUCUCUAAAUACGGAGAUCAUUACCAAGAAAUGGCUUAGGUAUGAAUAAGAGCCAAAUCUCCACUGUGUGAGCCAGUGAAUUAUGGCUAAUUCGGCUGUUACGGCCACUGGUUGGCUGGAUUUUAAACCAUAAAACUUGAAGAUUACCUGCAAAAGGAACAGUGUGGCUAUAAGCCUGAGCUUUAAUGGAAUAUACAUCCUCACGGAAAAGUUGGAAAUAACCAAAACUGAAGUCUUAAUUUACCUUCAGUUAAUCUGUGGAUUUGUUCAAAUACUAAAGAUCCUCAGGUCCAGAAUUCCAGCAUCAUUUAUUCUUUUAAAAUAAAUUUUUAAGAACUUGAUCCAUUGUAUCAGUACCUCACAAUCAAAGUUGGCAGAUGAUGGAUGAAUGAUUCAAGCAGUGCACCCGGUGGAAGCUGAAAUCCAUCUGUGAAUGGAACUGAAGUAAACGUGAACAUGCUGACUAUAUCCUGGAAGCAUUUUUAUACCAUCUUGAAAUUUCAACAAACUGGCUUUUGCCAGUUUAUCCAGCUGUCUUUCAAGAAUAAAAGUUGGGGUUUUCAAGGA